AGCAUAGACUGUUACUGAGAUUAUUAUUUGAUCAGCACUUGUCACAUGUCGUCUGCUUUUACAGUAUAGAAUAAGUUGUAGUUUAUUAAUCCUAUUUAUUUAAUAGAUAAAUUCCAGAGUUGAGGACUGGAAUGGAAUUAGCUGAACUUUGCAGAAUUUCUGAGAAAUACGCGAUGGAAGACAAAGCGGCAAGACCGAAAAUUGUCUUAGAAAAACGUGGACUUUCGUACACGCGCUCAAUUCGAAAAAUGGGCGAGAAAAGACCACAACGGAACAGAAGUAAGAGUUUACCAAGUCUUGCAAUACACAUCCCUCCAAAGGCUUUUCCAAAUGAGCCGUUGCAAGGAUUAAUUAAAGAACAAAAUAGCUAUCCGGACGAAGAAACAGACUGCCAAGACGAGUCCGUCCGAAUUCGGCAAUUUAGUACAACGAUGAAAGGACUUGUUAAAAUGGGUGAUUUAAGAAAAGACAGUCGCCGAGACAGUGGGUACUCGAGUACAAGCUACAGAAGAAAUAGUUCCAUCUCUAUUUCAAGUGCUUGUGGUAGCAACUUUGGCGGUCGGCGGGAAAGUGUUUUCGCGGAACUGCCGUCUAACAGAAGGAACAGUACUUUCGCCUCGACAUACUGCACGCCGGUACGCCGCACUAGUUGUAUUACUGAAAGGGAAUAUAAAAAACUUGGACAUACAUUUGCUUUUAAUAGCUCUCAGGACUCUAUUUUAGAUGAGUGCCCGUCGGAAUAUCAGGUUCUUGUUUUUGGUGCAAGCGGCGUCGGCAAAAGUGCUAUUAUAAAUCAGUUCACGACGUCGGAAUUUCUUGGUGCAUCAGAUGUCCAUACAGACUCUGCCGAACAAAGAACAAGCGUUUCAGUGAUACUAAAUAAAGAAGAGUCUGUUAUGGAACUUGUAGAAGAAAACAAUAUGAAAAUCCUUGAAGAGCCUGCAGAUUACGACAUUGAUGCCUACAUGAUUGUAUAUUCCUGCGCUGACAGGAGUUCCUUCCGUGCAGCAAGCCAGGUGUUAAAGCGUUUGAAGGAAGAAGGUGGUAGCAGUAAAACAGUAAUGAUUGUUGCAAACAAAGUAGAUCUAGCCAGAAAGCGCCAAGUAAAUUACGAAGAGGGAAGAAGUUUGGCAUAUUCCUACAACUGCAAAUACAUUGAAACGUCUGCUGCACUGAAUCACAAUAUUGAUGAACUUUUGGCGGGACUUCUAAGUCAGAUAAGACUGAAACAGUAUGGUGAAUAUGUAAGAGACAAUAUGAUUGGUCCAAAAAAGCAGCGCCAGCAGAAAGGUUUAACCGGGGCGCUCAAGACAGCAUUCAGGGGCGUUUUUGGAAAGAAGCAAAAAAUAUCGAGUUGCGAAAAUUUGUAUGAAAUAUGAUAAAAACAUAUAUCAUGAUAAUUAUAUUCACAUUCCACAAUAAACGUUAACUGAGUCUACUAAUUGAUUUGUUGAACGCUCGUUGAUGCAGAUGUUAAGUUGGAUAACAGGCACAUUUCUAAACUUUUGGACAAACAGACUAAUGGGUUACGAAAACUACAUUUUCUGCACCGUAUGCAAUUCUUUUCAUUAAACUAGUUUAUCAUUCAAACAGUAACAUAAAUUACAUUUGUGUCGAUUAUUUUAUUCAUCCUAGCGUAACUUCUUUGAUAAUUUGAAAGUUUUUAAUCAAACACAAUCUUCAUCGCAUCUUCAUAUUUAUCUAAAUCUGAAUAUAAAUAAUAAAAUAAAUGAUGGAAUUAUAUUUAAGAGAAUAUGACAUUGUUAAAUUUUUGUCAGCUUUUAUAAAAGCAUUGAAAAAAGAUGUGAAUAAAAAUUGACAUGUUAAGUUCAAUAACUUUCAGACAUUUUGCAGUUACGCCGUACUUAUAAAUUUGACCUUAUAUAUUUUACAUUACCAUUUUGUUUUCUUCUUAGAAAGGAUUAAACACAGCAGUAUGACGUCAUAGUUAAGUCAAUUGUUUGGUGCGGCUUAUAUAGAAGCGCGUUUUAAUGUAAAACAUGAUUCCAUCCUUUCAUGUGUAUAUACCAUUAUAGAUUUUACUUGUACAUUUGUAUAUAAGCUUGGUAAGUGGUAUAAGCAGGUGCAUGGUGCUAUUAACUUUAUUCGUGUUCUUAGAUUACUUAAGAUUGUCACCUGAAUUAUACCUGCUUUGAUCUAAUUGACUGUCAAAAAUAGACAACAUUAAGCUGGACAUGUUACAAUUUUCUCUAACAAAAUUAAUUUUACAAAACAAAGAUGACUCAUUUCAAUAUAAUGACUAAUAUAGAAGAAGCUUUUCUUGUUAUUACGAAUACAAUAAUUAUAGGUAAUGUGAAAAUCGAAAUGUCGAUACCACGAGAAAAUCUUGAUUGCUUUAUUUCAUGAAUACACGACAAAUAUAUUGAAGACGCAAAUGAAAUUGUUAGCUAUUUUGUUCAUUGGUUCAGAGCUAGAUAUGUUAAAUUUUUUAGAUUUUUUUAAAUGUUGUUGUCCUUGACCUUGAUUUUCUGUAUUGUUUGUGGCAAUUAAGGUAGCAAAAGAUAAUGUUCAAGGUCGAGUAUUUCGUAGGUAUUAUGUGCGAUAUUGAGUGAAAUACGUUACAGACAAAUUGACUGUGUUCAAUUGAUAUAAAGCUAGAUGGUGUUAGUUCCCUAAUUGAUUGAGAAAUAGUAAUUUAAAUAUUUAAUAUUUAAUAUUAUUGAUUUUAAUAUGAUAUUGAGAUAGUUAAAGAAAUAACUAGUGAAAUUUUUAUCAAUUAAGUUGAACAUUGUAUUUAAAACUGCAUAAAAAGUGAUAAAGAAUUAUUAUAUAAGGUUAAUAAGAUUGGCAGCUUAUAACAAAAAUUGCACAAACAACAUUUAAAGGUUAAUAAUUACAUUAUAUUGAUAUGAAUUUUUUUGGCUGGUUUGGUUUUGUUAAACGUGCAUUAAAAGUGAUAUGCAAGAUAUGGUCUUAUGUUAAAAUGCUUAUCAAAACUUUAUUCACUGGUGUAAGGAUAAGUAAUUUAUUUAUUUAUUAUUUAUUCUGCAUAUGAAGACGCGUCUUCUUUGACUAUAGAAAUAUGUACUUCAUGUAAAGUUUUUAUAGACGCUGAUAAGUAUCAGUUGAAUUCUUAGUCUGAAUGCAAAUGCUCUACUUUCUUUCAGUGUAUCACUUUUUCAGAUUUUUACAUUUCCUAUAAAAAGGUGACGGUAUUGAUAGAUUAAAUUUUGAAAAGUUUAAACGAAACUGCUAAUAUAUAUUUUUGUACAUACAAUGAAUUUGUUGUUUUUUGCGAUUAAAUAAAAUUGCUCAACUUAAAUAUAAAAAUAAAAACAAAUAAAAAU